AUGAGUAGUGGGCUUACAAUUGAUGUCAAUAGCUUCGCUAAAAACAUUCAAGAAUACAUCGAUAAAGAUACUUUCUAUGAUAUUGUUGAUAAAGAUUACAUAUCUCAAGUAUUAGAAAAAGUCAAUCUUUAUCAAGACGCCAUUGACGUUCUUAAUAUCUACAAAGAUUGCCUCAAACUCAAAUCUUCACGUUCAUUAAUCAAUUUUUUCGAAAAAUACAAUGACAAAUUUAAUUCAGAUUCAAAAGAAAUUAUAAAAUUAAAAUCAGAAAUUCAAAAUCUCGAAUCAAAGAUCGCUAUCAUGGAAAAUGAAAUUAAACAAUACAGAUGUGAAAAUAAACAAUACAGAUGUGAAAAUAAACAAUACAAAGACGAAUUGUCAAAUCUUAAUAAUAAAUUUAAUCAAAUUCAAGCAGAAAACACGAAAUAUAUAAAUGACAUAUCAACAAUUAAUAACAAAAACAAUCGGUUAAAUCAAUCUAUAAUUGAAUUUGCAAAAAUAUGUGAAAUUCCGUUGAAUUCAAAUGAUUUUAAUUCAGAUUAUUUUUUCCUUAAAGGACUUUCAGAUAAAGAUGAUAAAUUGAAGAUGUCUAUUUCAUGUGCAGUUGGAUUAAGUGAAAAGAGAGAUUUAUAUGAAUGUACACCACUCAUUCAAGCAUGUAUGAUGGGUGAUUUUCAAUUUACAAAAUCUCUUAUUGAAGGUGGUUGUGAUAGAAAUGCAGUUAACAAAUAUGGAAACAAUUGUUUAAUUGAAGCAUCAUUAAAAGGACGUCUUGAAAUUGUAAAAUAUUUAAUUGGAGUUGGUUUUGAUAAAAACUGGCGAAAUGAAACAAAUGGAUUUAAUCCAAUUCUUGGAGCAUCAUCAAAUGGUCAUCUUGAAACAAUAUUUUACUUGGAAAAUAUUGGCUGUGAUGUAAACUCUAAACAAAAUAAUGAUGCUAAUUGCAUUUACUUUGCUGCAAAAAAUGGUCAUCUUGAAACAGUUAAAUAUCUCAUCUCAGUGGGAGGAAAUCCAGAUGAGAAAAAUAAUAAUGGUUGGUCUCCAUUAAUUGUUGCAUCAUCAAAUGGUCAUCUUGAAGUAGUUAAAUAUUUGAUUCAAAUAGGAUGUAAUAAAAAUGAUAAAACAAAUUAUAAUAGUUCAUCACUUCAUUGGGCAUCAAAGGAAGGUCAUUUUGAAGUUGUUGAAUAUUUAUUUUCAAUUCGUGUCGAUCUUAAUGACAAAGACAAUGGAGGGAAAACUGCACUUGAUUAUGCGAAAGAGAAACAAAAUGAGAAUGAAAACUAUAAGAAGAUUAUGGAUCUUCUUCUUAGAUCAGGUACAAA